CUGCAGUGGAAUUCUUCCGACAACGGCUACGAUGUUAUUCUGCACAGCCAGGUUACAUACGACGGUUUGCUAAUGACUUGCAAGGCCAAUGAAGAGUCUGUUCCCUUUUCCCUUUUCAAGGUGGAGCCUUUGGGACAGAGGAAUGUGCGGGUCGUCAUAGUGCAAAUGUACAACCCGUAUGUGAGCAACGCAGCAGUGGCUAUUUUUCUGGGAAAGUAUGGGAAGGUGGACAAGCCGGUGAAAUACCUGAGGACAAUUACGGUAUUUGGUCAGGUCGGCGACAGUUCCGGGUUCUCUUCGGGGAGGAUCCUGAGAGUGGGGAUGGCCUUCGACACCCUCCUGCCUUUUUUUCACUCGGAUGGGAAAGGGGAAAGCUCGGCUGGAGGUCUGGGACUGGAGGGUCCGCGAGGCCGGGGCUCAGGGAAGGAGGGGGAUAGGCUGGUCAGCGGAGGAACAGCAAUCCAGGGUGAAAAAACCUUCCGGCAAGUCACUCGGCCGCGAAACCACGCCCUCCAGGAACCUCCAGGAAGCCCCCUGGUGGAAAAAGUGGGAAAGAACCCCAGCCAGCCUUCCCCAGAUCCCAACAGUCUCGCUUUUUCUGACAUUUGGCGGCUGGCUGCACGCUGA